UUGUUGUCAAUUCAAUUCAUUUCCUUUGUUUUAUGGUGAGCGCCUGCUGAUACGGAAAAAAAAGUAAAUAACCAAACAGAUUCCUCUUUCUUUCUUACUUCAGUAAUGGCUUCUUCUAUUUCGAUUAUUCCGUCUUAUUUUGCUUCCACCAGCCUUCCUCCCCUCCCCAUUGCUUCUCACUUCCCCUUUAACCUCAACUCUUCAACCUUCUUCUUUCCUUUGAAAAAUGGGUCCUUCAAGCUUCGUAAUGCCCCUCCUCUCUCUCCCAAGGCCCUUUCUGCUCGUGCACCCAAAGCUGCUGUUGUUACUAAAGACACAUGGGAGAAAUCAGUGUUGAACAGUGAUUCCCCUGUUCUUGUAGAAUUUUAUGCAAGCUGGUGUGGCCCCUGUAGAAUGGUCCACCGGAUUAUUGAUGAGAUCGCAGGAGAGUAUGCCGGGAGACUCAGCUGCUUCAUUCUGAAUGCUGACGAUGACUUUCCAAUUGCAGAGGAUUAUGAAAUAAAGGCAGUACCGGUGGUGUUGCUGUUCAAAAAUGGAGAGAAGCGGGAAUCUGUUGUUGGCACCAUGCCGAAGGACUUCUAUAUAGCUGCCAUAGAGAGGGUUCUGAAAUCAUAAACAAUGACAUCGAGGAAAGGUUUCAGCUUUUUCUUCUUGCCCAUAUAUAUGUUGUUAACUAGAUUAUCGAUGCAUAAAUUGUACAUCCUGAAGUUUGUAUCUUGGGGGUUGCUGUUAACACCAUAGCUUGGAAAUGGUUGGAACGAUCCUUUUUGGUUCAGGGUUGUCUUUCAUCAUUUUCAAUUGAAACUGGAACCUUGAAACUUUAUACUGUUCUAUAAAUACCCCUUGUGUCUCAUGCUCUCA